UAGCACAAGAAAGAAAGAGGUUAAGACCCCACCAACCAAUUGCCAAACUCUCUCUCUCUACCACUCUUCUUCUCCUCUAAAAUCUACCAUCUCUCUCUCUCUCCCACUUGCCCAUUAAUGCCUACAUAAACAAAGUCUCAAAUUCUACAUUUCUUUACCUUGGAAAAUCAUUUGAACCAUCCUUUCAUAUCCUAGAGAUCAGCUAGAUACACCAAAAACAAAGCACAUGGGCAAGAAAAUGAAGCUCCCUUUUCUCUCCAAGAUUAACACUACAGACUCAUCAAGAUCUUCUUCUUCUUCAUCAUCAUCGUGGCCUUGGCCUGCUUAUUGUCAGCAACCCAAAACCCUCUCUUUCAGAACCAGCGAAAACAUGUUCAAGACUCUUAACUCAGCCUACAUAGAUGUGGUUGACACUCCUGCCGAGUCUUGUUUCACAAACUCUUCUGAGUCUGCAAGCUUUUCCACUGCAUCAGAUGAUCAGUCAGGAGCUGGUGACCCCGCCAUAGAGACUGUGAUUCGAGGUUUAAGAUCAGAGAGGCUGUUCUUUGAGCCUGGGGAGAGUAACUCAAUCUUGGAAGAAGCCAAAACAAGCAGUGGAGGUGAUAAUGAGUUGCCAUUUAAAGAGAGUGUGAUUUUGUCGAUGGACUCCCAAGACCCUUGUGAAGAUUUCAAGAAAUCAAUGGAGGAAAUGGUGGAAGCUCAUGGUAUAAAAGAUUGGGAAGGUCUUGAAGAGUUGCUUUGCUGCUAUUUGAAAGUGAAUGCAAAGAGCAAUCAUGGGUAUAUUAUUGGUGCUUUUAUAGAUUUACUUGUUGGUUUUGCUUUUGUUUCUUCUACAACUAAUGAUUCUUGUUGCUCUUGUUCUCGUUCUCCUUCUUCUCCUUUGUCUUUCUACACUUCUUCUUUUUCUGAUGAUUCUUCUUCAACUCCUUGCGUUUCUUCAUUAGAAGCUGAUCAAGAGGACAUUCAUAUAAGUCCUUGUUUAUCUUCUUUUGAAGCUAAGCCUCAGAAUGAGAUUAUUAAAGAAAAUUAAACUAUAGAUGAUAUGCUUCAUCUUAGUUCUUUAAUUUCCUUCUUCUUUAUUA